AUUUAUAAGGUUGAAGUGGUACAGUAAUAUUACCUCGUGCUACCAUGAUGAUCUAUAUCUUAUGACAGCAUGGUAAGAAUGCCCACAGGAAAUAUGUCCAACUCUCUUAUCUGAGCUGGUCGUCACUAACUUUAGAAACCUUGAUUUUGAGGUCAAAGUCAGGGUUUUAAAUACUUGCAAUAGCUAAUCACUAACUUUGUUGGCUGACCAGAAAGGAAUAAAGAGGAAAGAAAAAUACUAUCCUAGCCUUGUCGGUUGGUUUUCUAGGACUUGCUGAGAUAUAUUAUUGUAACUCAAAAAUAUUUGUUGGAAUACUUCUGUUCCGGGUGAUGGUCUUGUAACAUGCCUGCAGUUCCAGAGAUCAACCCUUUUCAGAUUUUGGGGGAAAACCAUAUAUCUUAAGCACUUCUGCCAAUGGGGCUUUGGAAAAAGUGACUAAAUUGUUGUAUACUCUCAAUUAUUUACAUCUAAUGAUACUUCUAACUACUGUCUUUCUGGAUUGGUAAGUUACAAAUAUCAGUUAACUAAAUUGUUCUCUUCUGUUAUGUGACUACUCAAUAUGUUGUAUGUGUGUCAAACAGGCAUCUUUUGUAAAACCCCAAGAAUCUGCUGCAAGAGCUGACAGUGGAUCAGUUGUCUCCAGUUCUUCACAAGUGGGACCUAAGGCAGCCUCAAAAGGACCUGGAGGGAAUGAUGGAAAUAUGGUACCUGGGCAAAAGAAAUCAGUGUUUGCGGUGAGGUCAACAAGUGGUUCAUCAAGAGAGCAGUCAGAAGAUGAUGAGGUUGAAGGAGAACUUGCAACUGAGGAUAUGGGCCCUGCUGAUGCAAAACGUAUAAGGAGAAUGCUUUCCAACAGAGAGUCAGCUAGACGCUCUAGAAGAAGAAAACAAGCUCAUUUAACGGAGCUUGAGACACAGGUUUCCCAACUACGAGUUGAAAAUUCCAACUUAUUGAAGCGUCUCACCGAUGUAAGCCAGAAGUACAAUGAAGCAGCUGUUGACAACAGAGUUUUAAAAGCUGACGUGGAAACACUGAGAGCAAAGGUAAAAAUGGCUGAGGAGACAGUCAAAAGAAUUACUGGGUUGAACCCCAUGUUCCAUAUUAUGCCUGAGGUAUCAACAGUGGGAAUGCCAUCCUUCGACAGAAGCCCUUCUGACACAUCAGCAGAUGCUGCAGUUCCUGUGCAGGAAGACCCAAAACAUCAAGUUUAUCAGUCUGCUAUAAACAAUCCUGUAUCCUCUCAUGAUCUGAUAGUCAACGAUGCAUUGGCAGACAUUUCUUCUGUUGAAAAUAUACAAGUGAAUUCUGGAGGAGCAGUAGGAAACAAAGGGGCACGGACAGCUUCCUUGCAACGAGUGGCUAGCUUGGAGCAUCUGCAGAAGCGGAUCCGUGGAAGCAUGAGUCCCUCUAUGCCUCCCUCCAAGGACAAGCAGUGACACAGAGGACUCAAAACUGUGAAGUUGGUUUAACUGAAGAAUGCCUAAAAAAAUGAUUUGAUGGCACUAUUAUUCUUGGGCUAACUGUGUAAAAAUGCUAUUCUUUGUGUCAACUACAUUUUGCCUGGAUGUUAAGUUAAAAUCAGCUUUCUGUCUGCUGUAUUAAACAGAAAAACACUGAUGAAAUCUACACAAGGCACUGCAUCAUGUAAAUUGAAGUUUCUGCGGAUCUCGCUAUGUCUCUCUAAUCAUCUUUAUAUCCCAGAUCAACAGUCAGGCAAGAAAAACAGGCUGAUGAU